GGCUACAAUGGUUCCAGAAGCAGCACUGCAACCGCAACAAUCAAUUACACAGCACAAACCACCUCAGCAAGCCUACCUCUUUUUCAUUUCGAAACCGUAACCCUAGUGACUUAUACAGGGAAUUUCGAACAUGGAUAUUGAGGAGGAUAUCAAAGCUUUGCAGCUUGAUUCAGCUGCUCCAGCAGAAGACAGUGUAAUGGUGGAAGAUGUGAAACUUGAUGAAGUGGAUAGACGUGAUGAGAUUGAAGGUUCCAAAGACCUGGCACAUGCAAAUUCCAAACCAGCGCAAGUUGAACAGAAGAAAUAUGUCACGGAAGUGAGAGAGAAGGAAAGCUCAGCUCCUGAGGAAUUUGAAGAUGAGGUGGAGGGAAAUCAAAAGAGACACUUGAAUGUUGUAUUCAUUGGUCAUGUUGAUGCUGGCAAGUCUACAACUGGAGGGCAAAUACUAUUUCUCAGUGGUCAAGUUGAUGACCGAACCAUCCAGAAGUAUGAGAAAGAAGCAAAAGAUAAAAGUAGAGAGAGUUGGUACAUGGCUUACAUAAUGGACACAAAUGAAGAGGAGAGGGCUAAGGGAAAAACAGUUGAAGUUGGUAGAGCACACUUCGAAACAGAAACUACCAGAUUUACAAUUUUGGAUGCACCAGGUCACAAAAGUUACGUGCCUAACAUGAUCAGUGGAGCAUCACAAGCUGAUAUAGGUGUACUAGUAAUUUCUGCUCGGAAGGGAGAAUUUGAAACUGGAUAUGAGAGAGGUGGACAGACACGUGAACACGUCCAACUUGCAAAGACUUUGGGAGUGUCAAAGCUGCUAGUUGUUGUGAACAAAAUGGACGAUCCUACUGUAAACUGGUCAAAAGAAAGAUAUGAUGAGAUUGAGUCAAAAAUGGUGCCAUUUCUCAGGUCUUCAGGUUAUAAUGUGAAGAAAGAUGUUAUGUUUCUUCCAAUAUCUGGGCUUAUGGGGAUGAAUAUGAAAACAAGAUUGGACAAAAGUGUGUGUUCGUGGUGGAAUGGUCCAUGCCUGUUUGAAGCCCUUGAUGCCAUUGAAGUUCCUAUGCGUGAUCCUAAAGGUCCAUUUAGACUGCCUAUUAUCGAUAAGUUCAAAGACUUGGGAACUGUUGUUAUGGGCAAAGUAGAAUCUGGUAGCAUUCGUGAAGGUGACUCUAUGCUUAUCAUGCCGAAUAAGGUCCAGGUUAAAGUUCUUGCCAUUUUCCGUGAUGAAGAUAGAGUCAGGCUUGCAUGUCCUGGUGAAAACUUGCGAGUCAGGGUAUCUGGGAUCGAGGAAGAGGAUAUCCUAUCCGGUUUUGUUCUAUCUAGCAUAUCAAAGCCGAUAGCUUCCGUUUCCGAGUUUGUUGCCCAGUUACAAAUUCUAGAGUUGCUUGACAAUGCAAUUUUUACCGCUGGGUAUAAGGCAGUUUUACACAUCCAUGCAGUUGUUGAAGAAUGUGAGAUUGUUGAGUUGAAGCAGCAGAUUGAUCCAAAAACAAAAAAGCCUAUGAAAAAGAAACCUCUUUUUGUCAAAAACGGUGCAGUUGUUGUAUGUCGCAUUCAGGUAAAUAACUUGAUAUGCAUUGAGAACUUCUCUGAUUUUCCACAGCUAGGCCGAUUCACCCUUCGCACUGAAGGGAAAACCAUUGCUAUGGGUAAAGUAACUGGUCUUCCUACUGCAAGUGAUGGUGUGUAAACAUUUUUGUCAUUAGAGGUAAUCAGAGUUAACCUAAUGAAAUACGAGAAUUUGAAGUCAGAAUUCUCCAAAGAAAAUUGAAGUUUAUAAAUUAUGUUUGUGCAGAAGGUUCAAGACUUCAUAUUACCCAGGACGUGGUUUGUCAAAUAAAAAAUGUCUAUUCUUGUCUUGUAAUCAAAAUCUGAAGGUAUAUAUAAAUUGAUGCAGUCGUGAAAAUUGAACUGAUCUAAUUCCUUAAUUCCAGUCUCAAAAUAGGCUGUCCCAGGGAUCAAAAACUGGCUGAAGGGUCUUUCGUUGGUGUAAAUUCUCAUUGGGCAUGAAGAUAAGCUAUUUGAUGUGGCUGUCAACUAUCUUUAGGUUCGCAUUUAGAUAAUAGGAAUAAACUGUUCGGUGUAUCAGUUUUUAAUAAUGCUGUCUACAAAAAGGCUGCGUCUUGACACAUUGCACAUUGCUUAUGUAUGGAAGUUGUUAGAUGUUUUUUCUUUCCUUGCUUAUUGCUGUCUGUUAAACAAUGGAAUGGCUAAGAACUCUUGGUGUUUGUCUCUUGUUUGUGUGUGAUCCGAGCAACAAACAUCGUUUUGCAGGUAAGUUGAGCCAACAAUGAGGAUCUAUCGACUCGUCCAAGCAGUAGAAGGGGGUUUGCAACUAGAGGCAGAUUGAUUUUUGUAUAAAGCUGGACCUUUUCUAUUGCACAUUAUUUGAGGUGUCUGAGUUUUUGAGGGCACCUGUUGAGAUUUUACCUCAAUGGUGUCAAAGUAGGACUUUUGAGUCCUCUUUUUAGAUCCAGGUUACAUGUAUUGUAAAAUUAUUACAUUUAAGAAGUCAUUUGGUGAACAAGACUAAAAAAAAUCUUAGUUCUUGAGAUAACUUUACCGAGACACAGACAUUGAUUGAACAUUGGGAGAAGGAUUCUUGAAUCUUGAAUAUUGGGUAGAACUUGCUUAGAACCAAUAGUUCAUUAUUUAAUGGAUCUUUCUGUUCUAAUUCUC